CGAAGUGACGUCGUUGCCGGAAGCAGCCUCGUUCUGGCCGUCAGGGCUACACCUAGAAAAACACACACACACACACACACAUCCCGACGACGCGCCCGAAGCCCGUAAUAUGGGCCUAUUUUAACACUACAAACCAACGCGUUUCGCCACCUUACCCUGUAAUACUACACGGGGAACCUGUUGUGAUUUAGCGCGUUUUAACGGUCGUUUGAGCCAUGUCGCGGGGCGCGCUGCAGCCGAGCCAGCAGAAGCUCGCGGAGAAACUGACGAUCCUGAACGACCGAGGCGUCGGGAUGCUCACGCGCAUAUACAACAUCAAGAAGCAAGGACAAGUUUGGAAGGCUUGUGGAGAUCCCAAGGCAAAGCCCUCCUACCUGAUUGACAAAAACCUGGAGUCAGCCGUGAAAUUCAUCGUUAGAAAAUUCCCUGCCAUCGAGACACGCAACAACAAUCAACAGCUUGCACAACUACAAAAAGAGAAGUCAGAAAUACUGAAGAAUUUAGCCCUGUAUUACUUCACCUUUGUGGAUGUUAUGGAAUUUAAGGACCAUGUUAGUGAACUGCUGAACACUAUUGAUGUUUGCCAAGUUUUCUUUGAUAUUACUGUAAAUUUUGACCUCACAAAAAGCUACCUGGACUUGGUGGUGACUUACACUACUCUAAUGAUGCUGCUUUCUCGAAUCGAAGAGCGCAAAGCGAUAAUUGGCCUCUAUAACUAUGCACAUGAAAUGACGCACGGUUCAAGUGAUCGAGAAUACCCCAGGCUUGGACAGAUGAUUGUGGAUUAUGAGAACCCACUGAAAAAGUUGAUGGAGGAGUUUGUCCCUCAUGGAAAAUCACUGUCAGAUGCACUGGUCUCUCUGCAGAUAGUGUACCCCCGCCGGAAUCUGUCUGCUGAUCAGUGGAGGAACGCUCAGCUGCUCAGUUUGAUUAGCGCUCCCAGUACAAUGCUCAACCCUGCUCAGUCCGACACGAUGCCUUGUGAAUAUCUGUCUCUGGAUACCAUGGAGAAAUGGAUCGUCUUCGGGUUCAUCUUGUGUCAUGCGACUCUGAACAGUGACCCUGCGGCCCUCAGUCUGUGGAAGUUGGCCCUUCAGAGCAGCUCUUGUCUCUGUCUGUUCAGAGACGAGGUAUUCCACAGCCACAAAGCUGCUGAGGAUCUCUUUGUAAACAUUCGCGGUUACAACAAGCGUGUCAACGACAUCCGUGAAUGCAAAGAAUCUGCUCUGUCACAUGCGGGCUCCAUGCACCGAGAACGGCGCAAGUUCUUGCGAUCUGCCCUAAAAGAGCUGGCCACAGUGCUGGCUGACCAGCCCGGCUUACUGGGACCCAAGGCUCUGUUUGUGUUUAUGGCUCUAUCCUUCGCCCGUGAUGAGAUAAUCUGGUUGCUCAGACAUGCUGACAACAUCCAGAAGAAAAGCACAGACGACUUCAUUGACAAGCACAUUGCAGAGCUGAUCUUCUACAUGGAGGAGUUGAGGGCACAUGUGAGGAAGUACGGCCCUGUGAUGCAGAGAUACUAUGUGCAGUACCUGUCUGGCUUUGAUGCCGUGGUUCUCAAUGAGCUGGUACAGAACCUUUCUGUCUGCCCAGAGGACGAGUCCAUUAUUAUGUCAUCCUUCGUGAACACUAUGACCUCUCUCAGUAUUAAACAAGUGGAAGAUGGUGAGGUCUUUGAUUUCAGAGGCAUGAGGCUGGACUGGUUUAGACUGCAGGCUUACACCAGCGUGUCCAAGGCCUCACUCGGACUGGCAGAUCACAGGGAACUGGGCAAGAUGAUGAACACCAUCAUCUUCCACACGAAGAUGGCUGACUCUCUGGUGGAGAUGCUUGUGGAAACUUCAGAUCUGUCCAUUUUCUGCUUUUACAGCCGAGCCUUUGAGAAGAUGUUCCAGCAGUGUCUUGAGCUGCCCUCCCAAUCGCGAUACUCCAUCUCCUUCCCUCUGCUCUGUACCCACUUUAUGAGCUGCACUCAUGAGCUCUGCCCUGAAGAGAGGCACCACAUCGGAGACCGCAGCCUGUCCCUUUGCAACAUGUUCUUGGAUGAGAUGGCCAAGCAAGCCCGCAACCUCAUUACAGACAUAUGCACAGAACAGUGCACACUGAGCGACCAGCUACUGCCAAAACAUUGUGCCAAAACCAUCAGUCAGGCCGUGAACAAGAAGUCGAAAAAGCAGACGGGAAAGAAGGGCGAACCAGAGAGAGAGAAACCUGGUGUGGAAAGUAUGAGGAAGAACAGGCUUCUUGUAACAAAUCUGGACAAACUGCACACUGCUCUGUCAGAGCUCUGCUUCUCCAUUAACUAUGUACCCAACAUGAUGGUUUGGGAGCACACCUUUACCCCACGAGAGUACCUGACCUCCCACCUGGAGAUCCGCUUCACCAAGUCCAUAGUCGGGAUGACCAUGUACAACCAGGCCACACAGGAGAUCGCCAAACCAUCAGAGCUGCUGACCAGCGUGCGGGCCUACAUGACAGUGCUGCAAUCCAUUGAGAAUUAUGUGCAGAUUGAUAUCACGAGAGUGUUCAACAAUGUGCUGCUGCAGCAGACCCAACACCUGGACAGCCAUGGAGAACCAACGAUCACCAGCCUCUACACCAACUGGUAUCUGGAGACUCUACUGCGGCAGGUGAGCAAUGGUCACAUUGCGUACUUUGCUGCUAUGAAGGCCUUUGUCAACCUGCCUACUGAAAAUGAGCUCACCUUCAAUGCCGAAGAGUAUUCCGACAUAUCGGAAAUGUGUUCCUUGUCUGAGCUGCUAGGUCCGUACGGGAUGAAGUUCCUCAGUGAGAGCCUCAUGUGGCACAUCUCCUCACAGGUGGCCGAACUUAAGAAACUUGUGGUGGACAACGUGGAUGUUCUGACCCAGAUGAGAACCAGCUUUGACAAGCCGGAUCAUAUGGCAGCGCUCUUUAAGCGACUUACAUCGGUUGACAGUGUCCUAAAGCGGAUGACCAUCAUCGGUGUGAUUUUGUCGUUUCGCUCUCUGGCUCAGGAAGCUCUUCGAGAUGUAUUGUCAUGCCACAUUCCCUUCCUGGUGAGCUCUGUGGAAGACUUCAAAGACCACAUCCCUCGUGAAACUGACAUGAAGGUUGCCAUGAACGUGUACGAGCUGUCUUCUGCUGCAGGCCUGCCCUGUGAGAUCGACCCUGCUCUGGUCGUGGCUCUGUCUUCGCAGAAGUCUGAGAAUAUCAGCCCAGAGGAAGAGUACAAGAUCGCCUGCUUGUUGAUGGUCUUUGUGGCCGUUUCCAUGCCGACCCUGGCCAGCAAUGUGAUGUCACAGUAUAGUCCCGCAAUAGAAGGUCACUGCAACAACAUUCACUGUCUGGCCAAAGCGGUAAACCAGAUUGCUGCAGCGCUCUUCACUAUCCACAAGGGCAGCAUAGAGGAUCGUCUGAAAGAGUUCCUUGCACUUGCCUCCUCCAGUCUACUGAAGAUUGGACAGGAGACAGAUAAAACCACUACACGGAACAGAGAGUCUGUUUACCUGCUUCUGGACAUGAUCGUUCAAGAAUCACCAUUCCUCACCAUGGAUCUCUUGGAAUCCUGCUUCCCGUACGUCCUGCUCCGGAAUGCCUACCAUGCUGUGUACAAGCAGUCUGUCUCCACUUCUACAUAAGAUUUCCUCUGCGCACUACAGUGGGUGGAGACUUGAGCUCUCAUUCCAUACUACUCUGUAGGAUUCUCCAACAUUAUAGUCUUACCAGUAUGAGACUUUUAAAGGGAUCAAAACUUUUAUGACACUAAGGGGGAAAAAAGGAAGAAAAACAAUUUGUUUAUUGACCACUUACAAUAAUCAAGUUUUAUCCCAGGGACUAGUGACACUAAAUAUCAUUUUUGACCUAUUCUUUUAGUUGUGUUCUAAUUUGCAAUGGUUAAAAAUGGGAAUAAACACAUAAAAUAGUGAACUGUGUGUGUGUUGGGAUUUGGGGGAGGGCUAGGGUGAAUUAUAAAAACUCUACAUCAUUCUAAAUGCUCGUUAAGAUGUCAGAUGCUUCUAAGAAACAGUGAUUCUUCUUUUGAUGUUGUUCUAGAUCUAAUCCAUGUGGGUUACUGCGUGCUCUUUUUCUUUCUCCCCUUCCCUGUGAAUUUGCAUUUGUUUUCAUUACACUUUUGUGUUACUUUGACAUAUUUGCUAAAUUAAUGGAUACAACGGCAUCUCAUGUGGAUUGAAACGGCAGAAUUGUGCAUAACUGCGUGUUCAAAAAGCAACCCAGUGUUGUUUGUACAAAGCAUAGUAUAAUUUUUUAACUAACUUUCAUGAUGCCUUGUGGCAUUGACACUCCAUUGUACCUGUCUGUGAGCUAUAAUAAACAUUCUUAAAUAUUUAUUGAAUGUUUUUCAAUCGUUUGACCCCUUCUGUAACUUGUUUCAUAUGUUUUGAUUUUUAUUUUAUUUUUAAUGACAGUGUAUCUUCCAUAACAUUAAUAAACAUCAGGUCA